GGUCCAGAUUCAAUCCAUCAGCGUCGAAACAUUUUAAGCAUUUUAAGUAUACGGUCCAGAUUCAAUGCAUCUAAUAAUUUGGCCAAAAAGAAUAACCCGCCAAAUUUUUGAACAUUUUAGUUCCUCACACAUUUAAAAAAAAAAAACAUAUAAUAUAAAGCACUGAGCAAAAUAUACAGAGGGGUCAGUGUUCUAGAGAGAGAGAGAGGAGUUAGAGAGAGAGAGAGGAGUUGUGUAGGGGCCUGGUUGAUGAAGAGAAAAACCCUAGGGAGGAGCUGUAGGAGACAGAGGAAGAAAAUGAAGGGGUCAUUAGCAAGACACUUGACGGUUCAGCUAGGGCAAGUCUCUCUCAUGCCCAUCCAACAACGUAGCCUUCUCGAAUCUGAAGCAGCCCCAUCAGAAUCGCUCGGUCCCUCCUCGUCGCCGCUCGAUUUUGAUGUCGAUGCGAAUGCAGAUGAUAAAGAUUUCAUUCUCAGUCAAGAUUUCUUCUGUACUCCUGAUUACAUUACUCCUGAUGGUCAACAUAUCUCAAACAGUUUGGAUUUUAACAAGGAAAACAUCCCUUGUCCCAAAUCACCAGAGAAACUAAUAACUGUCAGAAGCAAAAGGCAGAGACAGGACGGUAUCUCAGUAAAUUCUCUUGGUGCCAACUUGUCAUGCCACGAACAAAUAGUGGAACUUGCAAAGGAUACUUUUGGAACAGAUGAAAUCAAGAUAGAAAAAACUAUAACAUCUGAAUCUCCUAGGAAUCAGAGUUACGUUUCACAAUCUGCAGUGGCUUUACGCUGUCGAGUUAUGCCUCCACCUUGCCUAAGGAAUCCUUACUUGAAGGAUGCUUCAGAAAUUGAUAUAGAUCCUUUUGGCAAUCGAAGAUCAAAAUGUUCAGGAUUUUUCCCUUCUCUUAUUGGUGGAGAUGGCCUUUCGCGCUACAGAACAGAUUUUCAUGAAAUAGAGCAAAUUGGGAAUGGAAACUUCAGCUGUGUUUUCAAAGUCUUGAAGAGAAUUGAUGGAUGUAUGUAUGCAGUUAAACGUAGCACAAGGCAAUUACAUCAAGACACUGAAAGGAGAAAAGCAUUGAUGGAGGUUCAAGCAUUGGGUGCUUUAGGAUCCCAUGAUAACGUUGUUGGGUACUACUCUUCUUGGUUUGAAAAUGAGCAACUAUAUAUCCAGAUGGAGCUUUGUGAUCACAGCCUAUCUAUCAAUAAAUCGUCUAAACUAUGCACAGAGGGAGAGGUGUUGAAAGCAAUGCAUCAGAUAGCCAAGGCAUUGCAGUUUAUACAUGAACAAGGCGUAGCUCACCUAGAUGUGAAACCUGAUAAUAUUUAUGUCAAAAAUGGUAUUUAUAAGCUUGGUGAUUUUGGUUGUGCUACUCUCCUUGAUAGGAGCCUGCCAAUCGAAGAGGGUGAUGCACGUUAUAUGCCCCAAGAAAUCUUGAAUGACAAGUAUGAUCAUCUUGACAAGGUUGACAUCUUCUCCUUGGGAGUUGCUAUCUAUGAGCUUACUAGAGGAUCAGCACUGCCAGAAUCUGGGCCUCUUUUUCUGAAUCUUAGGGAAGGAAAACUACCACUCCUUCCUGGCCACUCUGUUCAAUUUCAAAGCUUACUGAAGGUCAUGAUGGACCCAGAUCCGGUUCGGCGACCUUCUGCUAAAGAACUUGUAGAGAAUCCAAUUUUUGAUAGGGUCCAAAGAACUUCAAAAGGUAGGUAAUGCCUUUUAAUUUUCCUGGGUUGAGGU